CCGCGUCUCGUAGAACAAGCAAGUGGACGGAAUAUUGUGCUUAGACAUUGAAAUUGUGCAAACAAUGGUGUAUAUAGUUCAAAUGAUUUGAGUGGCAAACAUGGCAACGAGAAACGAAGAAUUCGGAGAAGUCGAAAUCGAAGUGGGGGACCAGCUACUUUAUUCGGAAGAGCAGAGAGGUGUUGAAGUAAAGAUAGCUAUUAUCGGAAAAAACGGAAGUGGUAGAUUCAGUUUUGUUAAUGCUAUUACAGGGGUAAAAGAUAGCGACGAGGCCGCAAAACCUACAGAACGUACUGAUUCGAAGCACGAAAACAAAAGAAUACUUUGGUACAAUCCGCCUGGAAAGCAAAAUAUAUUUUUCUGGAUACUACCUAGUAUUGAUAAUGAAACACCUUCUUGUUAUCGACGCUACUUCGAAUCUGUAGAUGUUGAGAUGUACGACGUGUUUCUUAUGUUCAUCUGUGCUUCGUGCGAAGAUCAUCAAGUGCUUUUGUUAAUCGCGGAGGAAAUUAAACACCGCAAGAAGCCAGUCGUGUUUGUUCACGUUCUGCAAGGCGGUUCAAGGAGAGGACUCCGCCGGCCAACUCCGCCGCAGAAUCCGGGCCUGGUUCAAGAGAUUGGUUCUGAAGUGUAUUGUAUUGAUAUCCAUCAACCAGGAGAGUGUGAUUUUUACAAGCUUACGAAAGCGAUCGCUAACGGUUUGCCUUCCCCGAAAAAGGAGUGUUUUAAUAAAAUUCCGAAAAUUGGCGAAUUAUUUGCCCUGGAUCGUUUUAAUCGCUUUGUGAAAGAAAAAGAAGAAAAAAAAAUUGUUCCUAGUGGUGAUGAAUUAAAAGAGUUACUUCAGAAGAAUGGAAUCACUGGAAUUCAACAAAUGAUGGACGAAAGAUUGAAAACGUGGAAAGAUGUUAUAAUCAACCUCGCUAUUCUCGGAGAUUCUGGUUCUGGGAAAUCAAGCUUUAUUAAUGCUAUAAGAGGGUUGAGAAGCUCCCAUCCACUUGGAGCAGAGACAGGUUCCACGGAAACCACCAAAGUGCCAUCAUCCUACGAACAUCCAACGAACCCGAAUAUCCGUUUUUGGGAUCUUCCUGGAGUUGGAACACCAAGUCGUCCCGAAUUCAUAAAGUUCUGUAAAGAAAUAAAAAUUGAACUUUACGAUACUUUCCUGAUUAUCGUCUCAAAGAGGUUUACAGAAUUUCAUCGCCAGUUUGCAGAGACUUUAACAUCCAUGGGCAAGCCAUUUUUCUUUGUCCGCUCCAUGAUCGAUCAAGCAAUCGAGGCAGAGAGGCAUGAUUACGGGGAUACGCGCGAUGAGAUGAGGACAAUGGAGAAAGUGAGGAAGGAGUGUACCGAAAGUUUGAAGGGAAUGAAGCUCAGCGAAGAGGACAUUUUCCUUAUUAGUAACCAUCAUCCUGAUAAGUGGGAUUUUGAUCGUUUGAAGAAAGCUAUCUUCGAUAAGUUACCGUCCAAUUUGAAAGAGUCCUUUAUUCUUUCUAUGCGUUUCUUUUCUGAAGAAGUUUUGUGCGCUAAGAUUAAAGUCCUUGGAGAAAGGAGAUGGAUGGAUUCAAUAGCCUCUAUUGUAACCAAACUUGGCUUGGGGCCAUUUUCCCUUUUCAUCGAUAGGAAACGUAUCAAAAAAAGAAUUAAUUUCUACCGAGAACAGCUUAGAUUUCCCGAAACUGGGUCCGAGGAAUUCCAGAAGUUGUCAGAAGAACUACAGAGAAGAGUAGAGAAAUUUGACCUGGAAAGAGUGGAUAUGUCUGGCCAAGAUACUUUGGAGUGGAUGAAGUCCUUUGAUUCCGCUAACGAGUUCAACAUAAGAAUAUAUGGACCUUUUAUCGCAACGAACAGACCGUUCAUGUUUGUAGAUCUCUUUUUGGAUCAAGUCCUGCAGGAAAUGGAACUUGCAGCAAAGGCGAUUUUAGCAGAAACAGCUGCAUGCAAAUGAUGAUGAAUAAGACAGUUCAUAUUGACAUGACUUGAUGAUGGUGGUCAUUACUUAUUAAAAUAUUAAAAAAUCGACUUAUAUAACAGGUAUCGAUAAUAGUAUUAAUGUAUAUUCAUUGUUCAAGCAUGAAGAACCUUAACCGAAUAGCACAAAAAAACUUAGCAAAUUCAGUCAAGGUUUCACAGUUAAUUCGAUUUUCAAAAAAUCAUGUGAUCGUAUGAUUAAUGUAAGACUACAUGAGGCUUAAGUAUAUAUAUAGACUAAGCUGUAACU